CUACAAUUUAGAGGGUCACUGACUGACGUUCUGUAUUCGUCACAUGGGAUUUGCUCAAAAAAAAUGGUUCAAUCAAUAAUGGAUGCCAGUACAGAGACAUAGCCCACUCUAAACCAUCAAGAUGAGUGAGUUGAAGGACUGCCCGCCUCUAAAGUACUAUGACUUUAAGCCAGUAGAGCACGUGAAGGUGUGCCCCCGCUACACUGCAGUGCUCGGGCGCUCAGAGGACGAUGGCAUCGGUAUUGAAGAGCUGGACACACUGCAGCUGGAGCUGGAGACUCUCCUGUCCUCUGCCAGCCGUCGUCUCAGAGCUCUGGAGGAACAGAGACAGAUCCUCACAGACUGGCAGGAUAAGAAAGGGGACAAGCGCUUUCUGAAGCUGGGAAAGGAUGCAGACCUUUCAGCUUCAUCACGUCACAAACCUAAGAAGCAGAAACUCGAUGGAAAGGGUAGUCACGGGCCUGGUCCUGGGCGACCCAAAUCCAAAAAUCUACAGCCCAAAGUCCAGGAGUACGAGUUAAGUGAGGAUCCACAGGACAUUCCCCGUAAUCCUAAGAACGAUGCCCCCAACAGAUUUUGGGCAUCAGUAGAGCCAUACUGUGCUGACAUCACAAAUGAAGAAAUCCGGGUUCUGGAAGAACUAUUGAAGCCCCCGGAUGAUGAGGCUGAAUACUACAAGAUUCCAGCAUUGGGGAAACACUUCUCUCAGCGAUGGGCUCAGGAGGAUCUACUGGAGGAACAGAGGGAAGGAGCACGAGCCAACGACAAGAAGAAAAGCCUCAUGGGACCACUAUCUGAGCUCGACGCCAAAGAUGUGGAUGCCCUGCUAAAGAAGUCAGAGUCCCAGCACGACCCCCCAGAGGAUGGCUGUCCCUUCGGUCCUCUCACACAGAGGCUCCUUCAGGCUCUUGUUGAGGAGAAUAUCAUAUCCCCCAUGGAGGAUUCUCCAGUCCCCGACAUUUUGGGGAAGGAUGGUGGGAACGAUGGGGCUGGGACCUCACCUCGCAACCAGGGCAAAGCUUUUAGUGUUCCUCACACACGCUCCCUAGAAGCGCGGAUCAAGGAGGAGCUGAUGUCUCAGGGGCUUCUGGAUUCUGAGGAACGGCCAGGAGCAGGUGGAGACUCAGAGGAUGAGGUGCUGGCUGAACUCCACAAGAGACAGGCUGAACUCAAAGCCCUGAGCGCCCACAACAGAUCCCGCAAGCAGGAGCUACUCCGCCUGGCAAAGGAGGAGAUGCGGAAGCAGGAGUUGCGGCAGAGGGUCCGGGUGUCGGAUAAUGAGGUCAUGGAGGGCUUCCGUCGCAUCAUGGCUGCUAGGCAGAAAAAACGAAUGCCGACAAAGAAGGAGAAAGAUCAGGCAUGGAAAGCACUGAAGGAGAGGGACAGCAUCCUCAAGCUGCUGGAUGGUUAGAGGGACAAUAGUUUAGGGUGGGAAUUGGAUGGGAAGGGGUAGGUUUUCAGUCUGCCAAUGAGUAUAUACUGUUGUAUGUGUCUGGUCAUAUGCUUCCAUGCUCUAGUGGCCAUAAGCAUUUGUGUUACUUUAUAAAACUCCCCAAUGGAAGUACAGUGAAUACCUGCAAUGAUGUAGCAUGAUUGUCAUAGUUGUUGACACUCGAUGUUGAAAAUGGAGGUAUCUAUGUUUUGUAUUGAUAAUUACUGUAUUCUUGCAUGAAUGUGCUAACUAAACUUUCAGUGCAUAUUCACUAUUGGAACAUCGUCACCAUAAGAGUUUAUGAUCAUUUAAUGUGCAUUGCUGGCGUUUUUUUUUUUUUUUACUAAUAACUGAUAGUUUCCCACUGGCAUUUUCCAAGUUCUGUUGUCGAUUUUGUUUUUAUUUUAUUUUUAACGUUAUAUAGUGCAUUUCUUUUCUCUAGUAUGGAAAAACAAACUAUGAAUGUUUGAAUAAAUAAAUAUCAGAAAAAUGGUUGUGAGGGAGUGUCUAAUGUGCAGUUCAACUUUCACACAUUGGGAAACGUUUAACCAAAGAUUUGAAUAGCUAAACCAAGGUAGUAAAACCAAAUGCAUGCUUUUCAACCGAUCGCUGCCUGCACCCGCAUGCCCGACUAGCAUCACCACCCUGGAUGGUUCCGACCUUGAAUAUGUGGACAUCUAUAAGUACCUAGGUGUCUGGCUAGACUGCAAACUCUCCUUCCAGACUCAUAUCAAAUCAAGUCGGCUUUCUAUUCCGCAACAAAGCCUCCUUCACUCACGCCGCCAAGCUUACCCUAGUAAAACUGACUAUCCUACCGAUCCUCGACUUCGGCGAUGUCAUCUACAAAAUGGCUUCCAACACUCUACUCAGUAAACUGGAUGCAGUCUAUCACAGUGCCAUCCGUUUUGUCACUAAAGCACCUUAUACCACCCACCACUGCGACUUGUAUGCUCUAGUCGGCUGGCCCUCGCUACAUAUUCGUCGCCAGACCCACUGGCUCCAGGUCAUCUACAAGUCCAUGCUAGGUAAAGCUCCGCCUUAUCUCAGUUCACUGGUCACGAUGGCAACACCCAUAGCACGCGCUCCAGCAAGUGUAUGUCACUGAUCAUCCCUAAAGCCAACACCUCAUUUGGCCGCCUUUCGUUCCAGUACUCUGCUGCCUGUGACUGGAAUGAACUGCAAAAAUCGCUGAAGUUGGAGACUUUUAUCUCCCUCACCAACUUCAAACAUCAGCUAUCUGAGCAGCUAACCGAUCGCUGCAGCUGUACAUAGUCUAUUGGUAAAUAGCCCACCCAUUUUCACCUACCUCAUCCCCAUACAGUUUUAUUUAUUUACUUUUCUGCUCUUUUGCACACCAAUAUCUCUACCUGUACAUGACCAUCUGAUCAUUUAUCACUCCAGUGUUAUUCUGCAAAAUUGUAAUUAUUUGCCUACCUCCUCAUGCCUUUUGCACACAUUGUAUAUAGACUCCCCCUUUUUUUUCUACUGUGUUAUUGACUUGUUAAUUGUUUACUCCAUGUGUAACUCUGUGUUGUCUGUUCACACUUGUAAGGAAUUGCUAUUUCGUAUGCAGGUGACUAACUUACUGCUAAUUACAUGGCUACAACUCACAGUAAAGCCUGUGGGGUCCCCUACAGGAUAGCUCCCACAUUACACACAAUCUCCUUUUAAUUUUAACCGAACACUGUGUGCCCGAAGAAGAUCCUACGAUGAUGGACAGACAACUGAGCCAAUGGCGGAAGACUACAGACUACAACCAGCUGAACCAAUCCGGAGAUCCGAUCUUCCUAGGGUCAACCUACUUUCUGUGAAGUAUAUAAGAGCUGUGCUGACUGUUUACGCUCUCUCUGCCUGCCGUUCCACACGAACUAACGGAAGAGCCGUAAUUACGUUGUAAUACAUAUUUUCACUCUGAAUAAACUGUUUACUUGUCAUAAAAUUUA